AUGCAAGUGGAGCCAUCAGCUUUAUUACGGGGCACAUUUUCUCUGGCUAUUGACAACGCUUUGCUGGAAAUAUUUGAAUACGUGGCCCGUUUUGCUGUUUCUGUUCCCCCUGUUAUUGCCUUUAUGUUUUCUCUGUUGCUUUGCUUGUUCUUAUUUGAUUUUACCCUGCGAUGUCUUGUUUUGACGACGCUGCUAGAAGGAGAGGAGCGAGAGGAUGGGGUCGGAGAGUUGCAUGGGUCGUGUUGUGUUGGAGGCGACAGUUUUCGGGAGCGGCCGCCUGGGUUUCUCUUUGCACGUGCUACGGUGACUGUACGCGAACGGAUUAUGUGGUUGAGAGCAUGCAGGCACUUAAGUGAGCGCAGAGAGACGUCGGCAUGCGAGUCCUCCGGCUGGGUAAAUGGCGACGGAAAAUGGCUAGGGUCGCUUCCGGGGUGGUAUUGCGUCGAUUUCGCGAGUUUUCUUCUUCAUAAUGCGUUGUCUUUUAGUGCUUUAGCUUACACACUCAUCUCUUGUUGA